AGCGGAGCCGGGCACAGGGCAGGGUGUUCCCUUUCCGCGCUCACCUCCCUUUCCCUCGGUGACCCGCGGGUGAACCUGCACCGGGAGGCCGAGACGGACUGCUGCCCGCCGCUCCUUCCUCCGCAGCCGGGCAGAAACACAAGCCGGCCCUUUCGAGGUGAAGCAGAGGACAGCGGAGGAAGCUCCUCCGCCGACGCGGCGGCUCCGCUGAGGCUUUGCCCAGAGCUCCGCGCCCCAGCCAGGGGCGCCCCCCGGCCCCGCUGCCCCGGCUCCGGCUUCUCGCUCCCCCGCCGUCCCCGACCGGUGACGAGAGGACGGGCGAGGGAGCCCCGCAGCUGGCAGCGAGCGGCGGCGCCGGGCUGGCAGCACCCGGGGGUGGCUGCCUCCGGAGCGAGGCAUUUCUCUGCCAGGCGCAGCCUGUGGAGCUCCAGCGAGCAUCAGCGAUAAAUCCGAGGUGGAGGCGGCCGGCCCCAGCCGUCGGCUGUCGGCAGCGUCCCUCGGGCCGCUCCCACCGGCACCUCUCGUCCCUUCCCUCACUUCCCCGGCGGCUGUCUGCGGCGGGCAGGAUGCGCCGCGCCGAGCAAACGGUUAAAGAUUUCGGGGGGAGGAGCCAGGCCCCAAUCCGCAAUUAAAGAUGAACUUUGGGUGAACUAAUUUAUCGGACCAAGGUAGGGUGGGCAGCAACCUGGGAAGGGUAUAAAAGGCGGCCCGCGGCGAGCCCGGCCCGCGCACUCGGAGCUCCCGGGGGGCCGGGCUGGACUCGCUCCCCAGCCAUGGGCUUCUCCGCCCUGCUCGCCAGCGCCCUGUGCACCUUCCUGCUGCCCCUGCUGCUCUUCUUGGCCGCCGUCAAGCUCUGGGACCUGUACUGCGUGAGCAGCCGCGACCCUAGCUGCCCGCUCCCGCUGCCCCCGGGCACCAUGGGGCUCCCCUUCUUCGGGGAGACGCUGCAGAUGGUGCUGCAGCGGCGGAAAUUCCUGCAGAUGAAGCGCAGGAAAUACGGCUUCAUCUACAAGACUCACCUCUUCGGGCGCCCCACGGUGCGAGUGAUGGGUGCCGAGAACGUGCGGCACAUCCUGCUGGGCGAGCACCGCCUGGUCUCCGUGCAGUGGCCGGCCUCGGUGCGCACCAUCCUGGGCUCGGGCUGCCUCUCCAACCUCCACAACGGGCAGCACAAGCACCGCAAAAAGGUGAUCAUGCGGGCCUUCUCCCGGGACGCCCUGCAGCACUACGUGCCCGUCAUCCAGGAGGAGGUGAGCGCCUGCCUGGCGCGGUGGCUGGGUGCCGCAGGGCCCUGCCUCCUGGUGUACCCCGAGGUGAAGCGCCUCAUGUUUCGCAUCGCCAUGAGGAUCCUGCUGGGCUUUCAGCCCCGCCAGGCCGGCCCCGACGGCGAGCAGCAGCUGGUGGAAGCCUUCGAGGAGAUGAUCCGCAACCUCUUCUCCCUGCCCAUCGACGUGCCCUUCAGUGGGCUCUACCGGGGCUUGCGAGCACGCAACAUCAUCCACGCCAAGAUCGAGGAGAACAUCCGUGCCAAGAUGGCCCGCAAGGAGCCCGAGGGUGGCUACAAGGACGCGCUGCAGCUGCUGAUGGAGCACACACAGGGCAACGGGGAGCAGCUCAACAUGCAGGAACUGAAGGAGUCUGCCACGGAGCUGCUGUUUGGGGGCCAUGAAACCACUGCUAGCGCUGCCACAUCGCUGAUUGCCUUCCUUGGGCUCCAUCAUGAUGUCCUGCAGAAAGUGAGGAAAGAGCUGCAGGUGAAGGGGUUACUAUGCAGCCCCAACCAAGAGAAGCAGUUGGACAUGGAGGUCUUAGAGCAGCUGAAGUACACAGGCUGUGUCAUCAAAGAGACCCUCAGGCUGAGCCCUCCUGUUCCUGGAGGAUUUCGAAUUGCACUCAAGACUCUUGAGCUGAAUGGUUACCAGAUCCCAAAAGGUUGGAAUGUUAUUUACAGUAUCUGUGAUACCCACGAUGUGGCAGAUCUGUUUACCAACAAGGAUGAAUUUAAUCCAGAUCGCUUCAUGUCUCCAUCUCCGGAGGACUCCUCUAGGUUCAGUUUCAUUCCUUUUGGUGGGGGCUUGAGAAGCUGCGUGGGCAAAGAGUUUGCAAAAGUCCUUCUAAAAAUAUUUACAGUGGAGCUGGCUCGGAGCUGUGACUGGCAGCUGCUGAAUGGACCUCCUACAAUGAAAACGGGGCCCAUAGUGUACCCUGUGGACAAUCUGCCUACCAAAUUCAUAGGUUUCAGCGGGCAAAUUUGAGAGUUCAACACUUGCCUCCAGAUGGAUUUCUAUAUAACAUCUAAUAUGUACAUAGUAAUUUUUAUAGUAACAAAGGCCUUUAAAUAUUUAAACUUGUAAAUGUACAAUAGUUAUUUAUGUCUUCUAAGUAUUUUAAAUGGCUAUGAUAUUUUUUUCCCAAGCACUACAAUUAUGGAUCUCUGAUUCAUAAUUAGAUAAUAUUAUUUCUAUAGAAAUAAAAUUUCCCCUAUUUAAAAAUCUUAUUGAAAGCUGGCCAGAUAAGUGUUUGAAGACAUUUCACAAUGAUGUACGUAUUAAAUAUUCUCAAAGGAAUUUGAAACAAUGGUAACUAGCUAUUCAUCCAAAUUACCUAAAUUGUUAUUGUUUGAGAAUGUUUUCAGUAUUGUGUCUAGAUCUUACAUUUAAUGUGUGAAUUUUAAGUUUGAUAAUAAAGUUUAUUUUUGAAGAUCCUCUGUAUGAAGAUCUGCCUGUAUGCUAGAGAGUAGCAUAACCAGCUCACACAGGUCUGAAGUGUUUGGAUGUGAAGUUGGAUCUGCUUUUGUGAAUGAGCUGUUUCCUAUUUCUACUGUUCUCAUACCUCUGCCCUACCCUCCCAUCCAACCCGUAUACUUCUAACUUGUGCAUAGUAAAUUGUUGUAACAAUGUGGAGUGAUAGCAAGUGGUAGAGGUCUCUCUUUGCCAGGCAUAUAAUUUUGAGACACAGUAAAUAAGAAGUAAACGGAAGAAGAAUUUGUAACAUAAAGCUUUCUCUAGAACUGGAGAAAAUAGUUUGAGGGGAAAAAAUCCAUAAAGGUUCUCUUCUCCUGUAUUCCUACUGACUUGUAUAAACAGACCACUGGAUUUUGUUCUGUGUUGAGUCUGCAGUCUAUGAAUCUUUACUUAUGAAGGUGUCUCUUAUCAGCUGUUAGAGCAAAUAAAAUCUGCUGUGAUUUCUUGUUAAAAUGCAACAGUUCUGCAUAGGGCAG